CAAAAAAAAUUUACAAUUUUUAUGCCCCCUGGUUGCGUACACUACCGUCUUCUCGCUUCGUUGACGGCGGCGGCGGCGGCGGCGGUUCGCCCGCACAUCACGCUUUCGCUUUGACUACCGGACGCGUGUUUCCGCACCGGAAUUCCAUAUACCUGCUCUCAAGUACCGGUAGACAUUUGCUACGGCUCGCCGCGAUGGAAGCUGUGACGUCCGCCGCCGUCUGCCCUCCCGCCUCCGCCAGAAGAAGUAUCCAAGACUCCUCCCUCCUCCGCCACCACCUCGCCGCCUCCCCCCGCCCUCCCUGCCGCCGCCUCCCAGCCCUCUGCUUGCUCGGCCUCCCUCCUGCCCCCGUCCCUCGAAGCGGCCGCGGGAGGUGGCGGAGGGCCGUGGCCGCCUGCGCCUCCUCCUCAUCGUCGUCGGGAGGGGAUGGAGGGGCGGACGAGGAAGAACGAGGCGGGGGCGAUGACGAUUUCGAGCGGGCGCUGGCGAUGGACGGCAGCAUCCCCGGGAGCUCCCAGGAGUUCGUGCGGCGGGUCUCCUCCCGCGCCUACGACAUGCGCCGCAAACUCAUGCAGACCAUCGAUUCCAUCAGCUAUGACGUUUUGGAUACCAAUCCUUGGAGGGAAGACUCAAAACCAGUCUAUGUGCUGACUCAAAGUGAUAACCAGUUGUGGACUAUGAAAACACGCAGGAAUCGCAGUGAAGUUGAAAGGGAGCUUGAUCUGCUGUUCUCUAAAGGGGGAAAGCGUGGUUCAGCAAUUGGCAGUAAAGCUAAACAUUCAAGUGUUGGCACAAAGUUUCACAUGCUUGUUGAAGAUAUCAGGGAAGGAGUGCUUGUGUUUGAAGAUGAGAAUGAUGCCACGAGAUACUGUGACCUGCUACAAGGAGGAGGUCAAGGCUGUGAAGGCAUUGCAGAACUAGAGGCCUCAUCGGUCUUUGAUAUUUGUCACAAGGUGAAGGCUCUUGCUGUUUUGUUCCGUCGAGGAAGGACACCUCCAUUGCCGAAAAGCCUAGAGCAAAAUCUAAGAGCUCGAAAGCGGUCGCUAGAAGACCAGGAUCUCGUGUAAAUUAUCGUAUAUUAAAACAAGCUAAUUAUUUCUAAUAUUGUAUUUAUCUGUGUUUAGUGCAUGGACAUGAAAGCAUAGGUCUUUAUUUUAUACGCAAUUGGCUACAGGAAGAAAAAAUAGUUUAAAGGAUUGGGGAACAAGUGGAGUAAAAGCUGAUCUGUUGAUUGGGUUGUGGUUGCAAAA